ACUCACUACUGCCACCCCUUUUGCCCGUGUUUACGGGAAGACAUGGCAAAGACGAUGUUGUCAUCUUUUCUGGCUUUUCAACUAAACUGUCAUUUCGCGCAGUUACAAGUGUCUUUGACAACCAUGAAGGAUUGUUAACCUCUUUGCAGGUGGAGCAGCAACAAGACCACAUCAGCUCAUCCUCAGCCAGUGCUCCUCCUGAUCUCCCACAAUGCUCCAUGCGCAACCCCCACUCUCUGUGAGUCAGCAAGAAAUUCCUGUACUUUAGCAGUGGAAAUUACAUCUUGGCCUUACUCUCAGUUGGUCCUACUGAUUGACCUACUUCAGUCUCAGCUGCCUAUUGCAUUUCUUCACAACUGAAACAAUGGUAUCAAGAUCAAAUGACUUUCCAGCCCUGGAAGGGGGGCCCUCCGAUGGCAUGUUGGGAGGGAUGUCCAUCCCCAGGGGCAUGGCCCGCCGUGCGAUGAGCUAUGACGAGAGCCUGGAGGGGCCCAUGUCCCCUCUCCCCUCGGACAUCAACAUCAGCAACCUGUGGAAGAGGCCCGUCAUUCCUGACCGCAAAUUCCAGCGACUCGCUGAAGAGGAUGAAACAGGAAGUGUGCUGACGCAUACGCCCUCUGUUGAUGUGGAGUCUGCCAGACCUCUGGUUCCAGUGGUGAAGGCCAAAGCCUCCUCUGUCCUCAUGAGUUCCCUUAUUACCAAGCAGACGCAGGAGAACAUCCACAGGUUUGAGAAGCAGGCUGGUCUGACUGACGCAGGCUACAGCCCUCACAAAGGUCUGGUAGAUGAGACCCACUAUCACCGCAUGGCUGAUUCAAUACACAAGAUGCACAUGCAGAGUACUGACCUUAAAGAGGACAACCAACCAUCUGCUCAGUCUACUCCAACCACCACUCCACAAUCCUCCCCCAAACAGAAGCGCAGGAGCUGGUUCAGCAGUCAGGGUUCUGCAGCGUCCAUCACCAGCUCUGAUCUCAGCACCAGCUCCUCCAGCUCUAGUGUUGAUUUGGGAGCUGGCGAAGGAGGGGCUGUGGAACGCUGGACCUUCUUUGGACCUCGCCUUCCUGCGCAGAAGCCCACCAUAGACCCCAGCGCAGAGCCCACCGGUGCAGCCCACCCAGCGGGGUUCGCAUUGCAGUCCUACAAAGGAGCCCAGAAGCCGACCCCUAUGGAGGUGAUGAAGGCUCAGGCCACUCGGCUGGCAGAAGACCCUGCCAAAGCUCCCAAGAUGGAGAUCCCCACCAUGGACGGCAAGAGGCAGAUGACCCGGCCUCACAAGCUCAAGCACCGCGACAUGAACGUCCUCACUCCCUCGGGUUUCUGAGCUUCUCUCUCUCCACCCCCUGCUGCCGCCUCAUGUUGUGGAUUUUGCUGUCCUCCUGAUCCUCUUGCUAUCAUGUUGCGUGCAUAUAUGCACUGUAGUAUUCCCUCCCUCAGGUAUGAGCUACACCAGGCGCGUAACUGAAGCGUUCCGUUCGCGACGCGUAAAAUCCAUUUCAGAUGAAUGGUCUAUUUUUUUCGAACGUACGCCCCACUGUCACGUCUGGUGUAGCUACU